AUGCCAAAGUACACCUGCACACCUGAGCAAAGCCACUCCUUUCUCAGGACACAUCAGAGAUGGUUGAGGACUGGAGAAAGGAAAACGCACUGAAACCUGAUUUAAUAUAUUACAGCUCCAUUCAGAUCAACCCAGGUUUUGUUUGGGAGGAUUUCUGAGGUUUUAGCUAUCGUUGUUUUUUCUUUGUCUGUGUGUUGUUUCGCUUUUGUGCCGGGUAUCCAUCUCUUCAGAAUUGAAAACCAGGCACACGGAGUACACCUUGUGACCCACACACCAGAUGAACAUGUGGUCUGUGAAUGUUAUAAUCCUAUUCCUGUUCUUCUAUGAAUGUCUUUCCACUGGCAUUGGAAAUGUGAGGUUUGACUCCAGGAACUUUCGUAAUGUACUCCGCUGGAAUGCAGUAGAGCCUGUGUUUCCUAACCAAAGUGUGCUCUAUAGCGUUGAGUACUGGAGUGAUGCCAAAGACCAGUCGUUCCAGGUAAAAAAGGAGUGCCAGAACAUCACUGGUCUGUUCUGCGACCUGACUGCGGAAACCCCAUCAGUUCACGAUGUUUACUACCAAGCUAAGGUGUCUGUUAACGGGCAGUCAAUCGGCCGCACCACCACGUUUAGACCUCUGGCUGACACUGUUCUCGGUGGAGCCAAUUUGUCUGUAUACACAACACCAUCGUCCCUGCAUGUUAACGUCACCCUGCCUUUGGGACCAGACGGAGUCUCCAUCAAGGAUAUCAUUAUUGGCAGCAAAAAUGCGUCCGCCCAAACUAUACCUAUUUAUAUCUUGACACUCACACAACCAAAGUGGGCUGCCCAGGAGAUUGAAAGCACAACUGGCCACUUCGUCAUCAACUUCAAGAACAACGACGCAGAGUACUGCGGCGAAGUGGUCUACAUGCUGUCCACUGAACGGGGUCGCCCAAAGAGUGAGAAUAGCCCGUUCUGCGUCACGCUGAAAGACGAUCCUAGGGUGCUGUUGCGAUGGGCUCUCAUGAGUGGUGCUGCCGUGGCAGCCUUUGUCCUUGUAUCGGUUGUGUGUAUAUGCAAAUAUGUGAAGGGUGGGAAACCGAAGAGCAAGCCACAAGCCCUGGAUGAACGUUUUGUAACCCAUAAAGUGCUGCAUCCUGGAGAUAACCUCUGCAUCAUGUCCAAAGCAGAGCUCUGCACUCACAUGGAGAAAACUGUUUAUGCCACAAUCUUGCAGAGGCCAACUGUUCCCACAGUUAGGCCUGGAGGAUACUCCCCCCAGGAAACGCCGCCCGGCCACACAUGGGACAGCAGCACUGGCUCCUCUGUAGACACAAGUACGCGUGGUACAGGUUUCAAUCACAACGACACGAGUGGGCAGUCCUCUGACGUUUACGGCGAAGUGGUUGUCCACGUCUCAACUGAAGAGGAUGAAAGUGUUAAGCAGGGUCCCGCUGAAGAUGGACAAACCAGUCAUCAACUCUUUUCUUCAAACGGACCCUUUUCCUCCUGGGUGAAAGGUGGAAAGCUGAUUGGAACACUGCCUGAUUUCGAUGCUUAUGAGAGCAAGCCAGACGAGCCACUUCUGCUGAAAACGGAGCGGAACCGCCACGGAGAACUCACAUUGCCUUUUCUCACGUUGCAGUUGCAGAGCUGCACCGAUGACGGCAAAUCACCAGUGAACCCAGAAACAAGACCCCUUUUAUCUGACGUCAUGUUCUCUACUGACAGGCUGUGUUUGGCAUCCUUACAGAGAUUAGACAGUUGCGACGGGUCAGACUCUGGGUGUGAUGGUAGCAUUAUAAACACACCGACCCCCCCGUACUGCAACACACAUUACUUUCCGUCUAAACUAGUUCCUGAUUUUCAGCACAGCACCACUUCAAGUGAAUCGACGUCUGAAUCAGGUUACAAACAAAACUGGAUGCCUCCCGUUCAUUGUGGACACGCACUCAUAGACAGCUGUAAUUACAGGAGGACAAACUGGACUGAUGUGCACAAAACGGACGAGGAAGGUGAGGAAGAUGAAGGCAGAGGAGAAGAGGAAAGAUUCUUCUCGGAGUCUGGACAUUACACAUUCAAGAACAGUUUUCCACUUAAUGUUUCAGAUCCAAAAAUAGAAAUGUCCCAUUUUGGUCCUUAAAUACUGGUAACCUUGGUGCCAUUUUACUUAAACAAGGGGAGUGACAGAUAGAACUCAGGUAGACAGAUGGCUUUGCUAUCUCUCCCCGCACCACCUGCAACUCAGUGAAACUACCUUUGAAAAGAGGCAUAGUAAAAGAGUAUUCUGAGCCACAUUUUGCAACCACUUCAGCACCUUAAAGUACAUUUCAGUCCUAGAUGUGAUAUGUUAGAUUUCUUAUGUUUGUAUUUAUGAAUCCACAGUUGUAAAACAUGUAAAAAAAUGAGAAUGAACCACCACUUUGUAACAUCUCUGUUUACGGUGUCAGGCCUUUUGACAAAAUAAUCACACUUUUACAAGCGGGAGCUUUGUGUUUUAGGGGAUGUUUAAAUGUUGAAUUUAACCUCCAUGCGCCAUGUUUUUAUCAUUUGUGCCUAAGUGGCUCAUAGAGAAAACAUAGCAGCUGCCAUUUUAAGUAAAAGCACGUUACAGCAAAGUGCCCAUAACCUUUGCCACACAUUGGCAGCACGUGCAUUUAUGUGUCAUCGCUAUGACAACAAAUUGUUGUAACUUAUUACACUCGCUGAAUACACAAAUCCAGUCUGGUCACUUUUAAGUUACAAUGUGGAUAGUCAACCCGAAAGAUUAGAUAUGGAAACACACCUGAUUGCAUUGUGACUGAAAAAAGCUGCAGACAAAGUCCAACACCUAUCACCACAUUCUGUUUGAGGAACAUCUACGGACAAUGACUGAACAUCUGCCUACAAAAGAUUGUGUUCCUACUUCUGUGCUCAUCUAUAUGUGUCAGUAUUAUCAAUGUCGUGUGCCAUUCGUUGAAUGAUUGCAUCUGUACAUGAAAAAGCAAAUGUUUAUUUCUUUUCUCACUCACAGUUCACAAACUCAUUUUGUUCUCAAUGUUUGCUGUUCUUUCAGCCAAGGUAAAUGCUUUGCGUUAAAUAUAUUAGAAGCUGGGGUCAUUGUACAAUUGAAACCACACUGAUAACAGCUAGCUCUUAACAGCUUGUGCCUAAUCUUUUAUACACAGCCGUAAAGCAAUAAUGUCAGCGGUGACGUGGGUCAGUUAUAGACACCUUGUACAGCGAGCCACAGAUGGACUGAACGUCUUUAUCUGAGAAAUGAAUGCACUCGUGAAUGCUUUCUUCAUUCUGUAUUUACAGCUUGUGGAUUUCUUCUGUGUGUUUAUGUUGGGAAGUUCAUGCUGGAAAGGUUGAGUUGUUUUCUGAGAUAAGACAUUAAACCAGUUGUGAUAUUG